AUGACCCCAUUUUUCAAAAUUAUUUUAAACGCUACAGUGCCAACUUUGCUUUAUUAUGGAGAUACAGAUUCUGUCUGCAAUUUUAUUAUGGGUCAAAAAUUUUCGGAACAACUUGGGCUUAAACUUAAAAAACCAAAACAAGCCUGGUUGUUUAAUAAACAAAUAGGAGGGUUUAAAACUGAAUAUUUUGGAGGAUUAACGUUUUUAACUGGCAAGUUUAUUAUUUUCUUGAAUUAUUUUUAA